UUAUCCCGAGGCCCCGGCUGCUCGGCAGCGCUCGUGCAAGUCAGAGGGACAUGCCUCAGCGUGGCUGACCCAGGACAGGCAGCAGCGGAUCGAGGGGAGAGGCUCCAGCAGCAUCCUUCACAGCGUAAAUCAGACCCGAGCAGUGGCACUCUGACACAGGAUGCAGACCUUUGGGUGGCUCCUCCUUAUCUUCAGCCUGGGCUUGCCAAUGCUCCUCUGCAUGGGCGCUGUGUCAGGGCCGUACAGGACCACGGACCACGGGGCUGGGUCCCACCAGAGGGACCAGGACGGAGAUGCUAGCAGAACCGAGUGCCACCGCUGCUGUGACCCAGUCGAGGACUAUCCGCAGCACGCAGAGCCCCACCCGCAAUUCCACAUCGUACCACAAAUAAACAUCACCAUCCUGAAAGGUGAGAAGGGAGACGCUGGUGAGCGAGGUCCCUAUGGAAAAUCUGGAAAGACUGGCAAUGCAGGUCCAAGAGGCCCCAAUGGGGUGAAGGGGACCAAGGGCAGUAUAGGGGUCCCCGGGGACGCCUGCAAGGCAUAUUACGCGGCCUUCUCCGUGGGCCGCAAGAAGGCCCUGCACAGCAACGAGUACUACCAGACUCUCAUCUUCGACACGGAAUUCGUCAACCUCUACAACCACUUCAACAUGUUCACCGGCAAGUUCUACUGCUACGUGCCUGGUGUCUACUUCUUCAGCCUGAACGUGCACACGUGGAACCAGAAGGAAACCUACCUGCACAUCAUGAAGAAUGAGCAGGAGAUGGUGAUCCUGUACACUCAGCCCAGUGACCGCAGCAUUAUGCAGAGCCAGAGUUUCAUGCUGGACCUGGCGCAGAACGACGAGGUGUGGGUGCGCCUCUUCAAGGGCGAGAGGGAGAACGCCGUCUUCAGCGAUGACUUUGACACGUACAUCACCUUCAGUGGUCACCUCAUCAAGGCCAAUACUGAGGGAUAAUCUGCUCUGGCACCACAAAUCUUUGUUAUGGUUGUUUUUUAAAUAAUUUAAUAUUUUAUAAGCUUCUUCAGUGACAUGCAUUGUUGUAGAUUCUUCCAAAGUGUUUUCCACACAGUUACACAAGAAUCUAGACCAAGGCAGAUGUUAUAAAAAUAUGAUACAACUAGAUGUGAUUAUAUACCUUAUAGAAAGUAUAAAUUAGUGCAAAAUGCAACAAAAACUCAGAUAUAGAGUUUGAAAAUAAUUUAGACACUCUGCACAAAGCAUUAAUGUUUUUUUCUGGUAUUGUUUCUCCUGAACACGCAGUGCAUUUGGCUCAUUGCAUUCAUUUUCUGCCUACAGUGAUUCUGAAUGGAUUUGACAGUGUUCAAACUCAACAGCCCCUGGCAGAAUCACAAACAACAUCUGUUUGUGUACUUUUCUACAACCGAAGAUUUGUUUCACUUAUGCAUUUAGAUAUCAAGAUUACUGCCGGAGCAUUUUUCUGUCACUAUGAAAAAUGUGUGGAAGAUUAUUUUUACAACUACUAGAGACUAUUUGAAGCUGGAUUUCAGAAUUAAGGCUUGCACUUUACAAAGUGUGUCAGUCUUACCUUAAACUGCACACUUUAUGGUAUGUGAGUGACUCACAGAUGAUGCUUAGAAGUGACGCAAAUUUCUGCAUUGUGGCAAUAAAUGCGAUGUAGAGAAUGAGUGUUACUGAAGAAGAAUAAUUCAAAGUACUUCCAUCGCGUUUAUCCCUCUCUGAUCAAUACUUGUUUAGAUGAGAAAUAUCCUUGUAUUUAAGGAGGCGUGUCUCAUGCUGAACUGUCUGUUGAGCUCGAUGUGUGUGAUCGCUCCAGGAUUCACAAUGACUGGAACUAGGGUUUAUGGAACUGCGGACAAGGUGCAUUUUAGUUUGCGAGUACUUCAAAUCCUGAUCUUGUAUUGUCUGAAAGUAAUCGAUGCUUUUUUAAAUGUGGCAACAACUGCUAUGGUGCUAAAACAAGCUAAAAUAAUCUGUUAGGUCACAAAGUCAGGUCACGUUGUUUUUGCGUUUUAAAUUCCAGCAUUCUAUUGUAAGGGGUUCCUCAAUUAGCGUAACACUGAUGAUUAACCAGCUCUCAAUUAUCAGUACAAUUUCAUGUAUUGUAAAAAUAUAAGGAAUGUGAUGGGAAGCAGAGUUACAAAGUAACAAUGUGCCAGUUCUUAGAAGUAAACAAACGAAUGCAGAGAUAGUUUCGGUUCUGCUACUGCACUGUAAACUGAUAUGUUUCUCAGUAUGUAUCCCAUUGUAAAAUGAUGUCUGAAUGGGUUUCUCUUGUUUCCAGUCUUAAGCACUUACCAAAGAUUAAUAUCCAAGACUAUCAGCUGAUUGUGUCAGAAGUACUACACAGAUGGCGUACAGGGAUCCCUGAGCCCCCUAACGCGAAACACAGCUGUAAAUCGUUUUUUCCCUCUCUGUUAGUUAUACAGGACACCUAUUCCUUUCUGCUGGUCAGUCAUUUUUGAAAGAUAAAAAAGAUAUUUUGAAAGAACAUCAUAUAUGUUAGAGGAUCGUAUUAUAUUGAUUUUGCGUAAGCCUAAAAUAAUAAAUCGUUUGAUGUUA